GAAGGUCCUUCCCGUCGCUCCGUCUCUCUCGCACUCACGGGGCGUCCCGUGCAGGUGCAAGAGAGACAGAGCGACGAAGAGGACUCUCGGAUGCGCGGCGCUGGUGCGCUGUGCGGGCAGGCUUGGCUACAGGCUUCCGCCGCCGGGCGGUCAGGCUGGUCAGGCUCUGCGUUUUCGCGAGCGCGGAAUCAAAACAAUCACCGCACUGCUGCGCUGCGGUCCAAGGUCACGAUGGGCACCGCGUCCGCCGCGUCCGCGGAGAGCGCCGGUGUGCACACUGCAAGCGCCGAGUGAAGCGGCAGCAUGACGGGGGCCUCGGCCGAGCCUAAAGGGCCUCAAGGGGCCGCCGCGGACGACGACACCGCGCGGCUGCUGAAGGGGGUGAUGCUGAAGCUGCUGCCGUUCUUCAAGGCCGUGGUCAUCUACUUCGUCGUGAUGCCCGCGGACACGCCGACCUGGCUAUACGUCCUCGUCAAGGUCAUGCCCGUGCUCAGCCUGGUGCUCUUCGUCGUGCUGCACGAGGGCCACAGGCUGAGCCUCCCCGGCUAUCAGUGUCGGUUCUCGCGCCGCGUGGCUCUGGCGCUGGCGCUGUCCGCCUUCGCCGACGCGCUCCUCGUCUGGCCGUCGCAGUUCCUGACCGGCAUGUUCGUGUUCGUGGCCGUGCACCUGCUGUACAUCGCCGCCUUCGGCUUCCGCCCGCUGCGGCCCGCGCUGGGCGUGGCGCUGUACGCAAGCAGCGCCUGGGCGGUGAGCUUCCUGGUGCCGGGGCUGAAAGGACCUCUGGUGCUGGCCGUGCCGUUGUACACCGCGGUGCUGGUCACCAUGUUGUGGAGAGCCGUGGCGCGGGAUUGGGACUUCCGGACGCUCGUGCCCGGCCAUUGGUUCAGGCUCUGCCCGGCCGUGGGGGGGAUGCUGUUCGUCGCGUCCUCAUCGGAUUCCACAUGUUCCACAGGCCCAUCCCAGGUCCUGAUCAUGACCACCUACUACACUGCCCAGCUGGGGAUGGCCCUGAGCAUCCUCAGCCGCAACGCCAUCAUGUUGAAGGAGCUCCAGGAGAGUGACAGGGAACUGAACGUGGGCGUAGCGCCGCGUAGCCCUUCAACAACGUCCCACUGCAAGGGGAAACUACUUCGAAAAAAUGUGUACACCUAAUGCAAAUUCAAAAAAUAUUCAACAA